AUGCUACGGCGCUAUAACCUCCACCGUAGUGUUUCCCCUUCUAACAAAAAAAAGUGCAACGAGAAAGUGCAGCGUCUGGGGUGCUUGCUGAGGUACCAACUCGAAGAGGCGAGAAGGGGAGCUGUCUUCAUAGAGCAGGAACAACCGAGCGGGAGCCAGCUAAAAGAGAGGGAGCAACAGCAGGAGCAGCAGCGGGAGCAGCAGCAGGAAGAGCAGCAGCGGGAAAAGCUGCAGCAGGAGGAGCAGAAGCAGAAAACUAAACAGCAGGAAGAGCUGCAGCGGCAGGCGGACAAGCAGGAGGAAAAGAAGCAACAGGACGAAAACAAGGAGAAGAAAGAGAAGCAGCAGGAAAAGGAUGCACGGAAGAAAAAGGCUGCAAAAGCAGCUGAUGAUGAUGCAGGAACUGCAGCAGGAGCAGCAACAACAGCAGGUAAGCGGGGGAAAACAGCAGCACAACCGGCAGCAGCAGCAGUGGAAAGGGCAACAACUAAGGCGUAG